CUCAGCCCUCAUUCAAAACAGAACACAGCUGUUGCGAGGCGCAGCGUCGUGUCCUGGUCGUUAGGCUAAAAUCUGUUAGCUGCUGUCUGCUGCUCUGCGUUUCUGAUGUACCCACUGGAAUACCGGAAGAACAAGAAACAAAAGGACGUACUACGACAGCAGGAGCCAGCCUCAGAGAAAGACAGGACUCAAUAGACAAAAGCAGCAAUAAAGAACAACAGGCUAACAUCACAUCCAACAUUAUGCGCAUCUGACACACAACUGAGGGCCGGGCGGGCUUUGCUGCAGCUGAGGAUGAUGAAUGGUCUUGUUCACUUGAGCUAGAUGGUGUGGGAAUGAUGGACCUCCCUAAUGGCCAGUCAAUCAUCACCACCACCGCUGCAUCAGUCUCUGAGAAGAGCAGCAGCUCAGAGUCUCUCAGCGAUAAGGGUUCCUCAGACCUAAAGAAGAGUUUCGAUGCUGUUGUGUUCGAUGUAUUGAAGGUCACCCCCGAAGAAUAUGCAGGCCAGAUUACACUCAUGGAUGCUCCGGUGUUCAAAGCCAUCCAGCCAGAGGAGCUGUCAAGCUGCGGCUGGAACAAGAAGGAGAAGCACAUCUCUGCUCCAAAUGUUGUGGCCUUUACUCGCAGGUUCAACCAGACGAGUUUCUGGGUGGUACGUGAGAUCCUCCAUGCGCAGACGUUGAAGAUCAGGGCUGAGGUGCUGAGUCUGUAUAUUCGCACUGCCAAGAAACUUUGUGACAUGAACAACCUACAUGCGGUCAUGGCUGUGGUGUCAGCGUUACAAAGUGCCCCCAUCUUCAGGCUUACCAAAACAUGGGCGUUACUCAGUCGGAAGGACAAGGCAACGUUUGAUCGACUCGACUACCUGAUGUCCAAAGAAGACAACUAUAAACGUCUGAGAGACUUCAUAAGCAGCCAGAGCAUGGUCUCUUGUAUACCAUACCUAGGGAUGUACCUGUCCGAUCUGACAUAUGUAGACUCAGCCUACCCCUCCACGGGAAGCAUACUGGAGAACGAACAGAGAUCAAACCUGAUGAACAACAUCCUCAGAAUCAUAUCGGACCUGCAGAGAUCCAUUACCUACGAUGUACACGUGUUGACUCAUGUACAGAAGUAUCUGAACUCAGUCCGGUACAUCGAGGAGCUGCAGAAGUUUGUAGAAGACGACAAUUACAAGUUGUCACAAAAGAUUGAGCCUGGCACCAGCACACCACGAGUAAAUGCUUCCAAAGAGGAUCUUGUCGGCCAGGAAGCAUCAUCAUCUCCUCUCUGCGGCCGUAAAUGUACGAUAGCAGCUGAAGGAACCAAAGUCCCGGCCACACCGCCCUCCCCCAGGAACCUUCUGCCCUACGGACACAGGAAGUGCCACAGCCUGGGCUACAAUAGUUUCAUCCAUAAGAUGAAUACAGUAGAGUUUAAAAGUGCUACGUUCCCCAACGCCGGGUCUCGCCACCUGUUGGACGAUAGUGUGAUGGAGAGCCACAGUCCCACCAGAGUACAUGCAGAGAGCUCAACUCUGUCCAGUGGUAUUUCACUUGGGAGCAGUGAGGGCUCUGAGCUCAGUGAAGAGGUUUCUUGGCCGGCAUUUGAGAGGACUCGGUUCUAUCACUCUCUGGGCCCAGUGACCCGUGUGGCCCGCAUCCCCUACAGAGGAGUCCUGAGGCCCAGCAGCUCCGCGGAGUCAGAGGAGCUUGCCGUUCACCUUUAUCCCGGAGCAGUCACAGUGCAGGGGGUGUUGAGACGGAAGACUGUGCUCAAGGAGGGCAAGAAACCAACAGUGGCGUCAUGGACCAAAUACUGGGUCGCUCUCUGUGGGACCCAGCUCUACUACUACACUGCCAAGUCCCUGAAGGCCACUGAGAGAAAACAUUUCAAGUCAACGUCCAAUAAGAGCGUGUGUAUCGUGGGUCUAAUGGCCAUGAUGGCGGACGAUCCAGAGCAUCCCGAUGUCUUCUUGCUGACAGACUCUGAGCAUGGUAACACCUACAAGUACCAAGCGGGGAACCGAAUGAACGCUUUGCUGUGGUUCAAACAUCUGAGCGCUGCCUGUCAGAGCAACAGGCAACAGGUGCCAGCCAAUCUGAUGUCCUUCGAGUGACGUCGUAUGCUGAGGAGUGUGACUGAGCAAAGUGAGGGAGGGAUGAAGAAACAGGAGGAGGAGGAUUGACUCAGAAGUGGGAGCUUUCACUGCCAUGAGCCCUGACCGCCGAUUCUCCAAUUCUAGCCCCGGCCUCACUGCAGCCUCGCCUGCCACCACUGCCUUAACCAGAGUUGUGUGUGUGUGUGUGUGUGUGUGUGUGUGUGUGUGUGUGUGUGUGUGUGUGUGUGUGUGUGUGUGUGUGUGUGUGUGUGUGUGUGUGUGUGUGUGUGUGUGUGUGUGUGUGUGUGUGUGUGUGUGUGUGUGUGUGUGUGUGUGUGUGUGUGUGUGUGUGUGUGUGUGUGUGUGUGUGUGUGUGUGUGUGUGUGUGUGUGUGUGUGUGUGUGUGUGUGUGUGUGUGUGUGUGUGUGUACUGACUACUGAUCGAGGACCUGCACCACUGCUCGUGUCUCCCAUUUGCUCUGUGUCUUUUAGUUUUUACUGUCCAGCACUUCAGUGGACCCGCCUGACUCCCCUUCUCCUCUCCCACAUAUGGAUUGUCCUCGGAAUGACAGAAAAAUCUGCUCCUGUUUUUUGUUUUUUUAAAUGGGGUUUACUAUUUUUUUGUGUCCCCGCCAUGCUCAAAUGCAAGAUUUCCGCUUUUUUAGUCGGCUGGACAAACAAUCACAACACGCACACUCACACCGGACUAACCCGUUGGACUUUGGAGGGUUUGAGAAUACUUUUUUACCUACUCGGUUCACACUUUAAAUUGUUGUUCUCUUCAUUCACUUGUUUUGGCUUGGAGUCACAGGCUUAUUAACCACCCUUACUCAUACUCUCUCACACACAGCCUAUUUGAUCACGUCGACGUAAAAACGUAAGGGCUCUGAUUCGCAAUCGAUUCCAGCAAAAGCAAUCCCCACACUUUCUGAAUGUGUCUAGGUUUUAUUACAGAACACUCCACCACCCCCCUUUUUUUUUCGCAUAAACUCGCUAAGUGUUCUGUAUAUUCUGUAGGGUUGGGGAUAAAUAGGCACAUUUGCAAAGUCACAGGAAUCUUGUCUAUGUUCCACAAAGGUACGAUGAGCCCAGAACCUAAGCUAAGACGUGUUGGUUAGUUAACCCUUUUACAAACCUGUAUUUCAUGUUCUCCAGUGUUGUCUGCGAUGCUUGGUUGACCAGACUCACACAUGUACUAAACACUAAAGACUUGCAACUGUGAAAGAGUCCAAGAGAGAGAGACAGAGAGCAACAAAAAACUCACAAUUUUGUCCCCUCUUAUCAUCUUGUUGCUUGGUAUGGUCCGAGCCUCUGGUCUGGAGCAGACAUUCAAAGCUUCUUGGAGCCAUACAGAGUCUACUUUAAGUCUUGUUUGUUAAUAUUGUUUUGUGUUGUUAGUUUGGUUUUUUUGGGAGGGAUUGUAGAGUUCACAGUAUUACCAUGUAGUAGAUGACCGCACAUCAAUUUAGCUUUGUCUGUUACAUUUGAAUGUUACAUUUUUGUGUUUUUCUCCCCUUUUGGAUCUGAUAUUUUGAACAUAUUUUAUGUACAUGUGAAUUUUUUUUUAUGUCUUCAUUUUUGCCCCUUUUUUGUAUAACCAGGACCCGGCUCAAUGUUAUGCCCUUACUGUGUUACAUCUGAUUUGGAAUAUGCACCGUGUUUAUGAUUAGUGCCAAGUCAUGGAAGAGUGUUGCCGUCUGUUUUUCGUUUGGAGCAAAUGGCUUCCAAAUGAACAGACAUGAUGAGGAGGAUGGAGAUGACAAUGAUGGGAAGCUUUUCACUCUCUAAAAUUCAUCAAAUUCUAACCCUUUUUUAAAUUGAAAUGGCUGUUUACACAAUCUUUUGCCCCAAAUCACAAUCCCUUCAAUGCUCCACAUGUACUCUACAAAGUAGUAUUACAGUAUGUAGAAAACAAAUGUCCUGCCUAUCAUGGGGGGAUAUUUAGCUCAGUGUUUCAGGUCGUUGAUAAGUGGGUAACAGGAUGGAGAGGUGAACAGCAGCACCCUAAUGAAGUCUUCUCCAGUCAAUAGAGACACACUGAUGCAUUAAGCGAACAAUUCACUCUUUUAGGUCGGGCAGACAAAAACAAACUGAAUCAAAGACAAUUUAAUGCCCAUAAAGAGAUGUUAAAUCCUUUGUAAAUGAACUAAAGAAAAGAUGGUAGAGGAUGAACCUGUGGAUGAGUGAAGCCAAAGACAGGCAUAUUUAAUAUGUGUAUGCAUUUGUGUGCCUGUGUACUCUAUUUUUCUAUGACAAUAUAAUUAAAACUUCACAGGCUGUUGUGCUGGGGAGUUACCAGCUGACUAAUCCUCUGAGUGCCACGACUCCACACUGGCUUGUGUGCUGAAAGAAACUCAUGACAGGACAAGAAGUGGAAAAUGGUACUUAUCUAGUUCCACUGUGGCCUGUGAAAGAGCUUUGAGCUGCAAAAGUGACAAAAUCACAGAGCUGAAGCACCUUGGAGGACCCAAAGGGUCUGUAAAUGAAAUGGGUGAAGCAGAGCUUAGAGGAUUUAGAGAUGGUUUACUUGUAUAUAUCUACAGAUGGUGGAAAUCAACCUGCUGCCAUUUGCAAAAUAUUCGCAGAUUAGUGCAGUUAAACACCAAUUAAGGCUGUCUCCAAAAAAGCAGGAGGAGCUAAUGUAUGUAAACGAACCUGAUGUAGACAGUCAAUAUCUCCAUCACAUUUCCCUUCAUAUAUAUUUGCUUUGUCUGAUGUUAAUUGAGAUGGUGUGAAUUUGAGUGUCAUACAUAAACAGAUAUUUGAGGGAGCAUCUAAGAAAAGGCUUAUUUCAAUCAGUUUGGGUUAAACAAUCUUUCCUUCAAGAAAGACCCAGAUCAUGUUGAGCGCUUCUGUGAGUUUUCUCCUUACUGUAACCUGAGUUUACACAGUUUUAUUAUCAUUUCUGUACAGUCUAUGGUCACAAUAAUGGAAACACAUGUUUCAUUUUGGGAUGUUUCGUGGUUUUAGCUGACUCACUUCUUAGAUUUCAAAGCCAAAUACUACUUACAUAAUAACCCAGUGAUGGUCUAUUUUGGAAUGAGUGGAAAAUUCAAAAGUCGCUCCUCAUUUUAGAUGGUUUUUGGUUAUUAGAGAGAAACUUGAUGCUUGAAAAGGAUCCACUUUCUGUGGAGAGUCUUUGUUGUUUCCUUUGAAUGGACCAUACUGUCAACAAAUGCACAAUUUGCCCUGUAUUAACUGUUUCUGAGUGAAUCUGCCUUUUGAAUUCAUUCUUUUUAAUAUUCAUGUUGAAAUGAAGAUUUCAAACGGAGGAAGUGCUUUCAGUGUGGUUAUACUAUGCGUUUGUCCUCUGACUUGGUGGAGAAGUGGAGUCAAUGUGAAUCUGGACAGGCAUCAUUCACUGUUUACCAAGGACGUCAUCAAAAAGGGGUGAUGUGUAAUGACCUUUGACCUUUACCUGGCUGUGUGUGUGUCUGUCUCUGUCUGCCCGUGUCAUGACUGUGGCGGCGCUGUGACCUCCCCGCUGAGUGAUGCGCUGCCUGCUGUGAAGACUGAGAACCAAUAAAUACUCUGCCCUUUUUUACUCCACA